UACGGCAACUAUCUACCAUUGGUGUACAUCAUGGCAUCCAACACUUUCGAUCCCGAACAUGUCAAUCUCUCGACUGCCGAUCAGGCUCAAGUUGUUUGUGCGUUGAAUGCAUCCGGUAACGAGUAUGACGGCAAACUCGGUGCCAGAGUCUCGUCGAUUUUCGUCAUCUGGAUCAUCUCGACUCUCGUCACAAUAUUUCCCGUUGCCGCAAAGCGCAUUCCCCUUCAUGUGUAUCUGUUUGCACGAUUUNUUGGCGCUGGUGUCAUUGUCGCAACUGCUUUCAUCCAUCUCCUCGAUCCUGCCUACGGAGAAAUUGGGUAUGUUCUAUGUCAAGUCAUCGAAGAUCAUAACGGUCUGCUGAUGACUGAACCAGGCNCCAACACAUGCGUUGGUAUGACUGGUGGUUGGGCCCAAUACUCCUGGGUGCCAGCCAUAGCUCUGACGGCAGUCGCUGUCAUCUUCCUGAUAGAUCUCGUUGCAGAGCGAUAUGUCGAGAUCAAGUACGGUAUUCAGCACCAGCAUGUUUCAUUGCAAGAUGAGGUCACAGGUCGCACUAAUUCUCGGGUGCCGCAUCCAGAAGAAGAUGUCGAACAAAGCACAAUGGACAUCACAAAUAUCGAGAAACACCAAUUCCGUACACAAUUUGCCGCUUUCCUGAUCCUUGAAUUCGGUGUCAUCUUCCACUCCGUCGUGAUUGGCCUCAAUCUGGGCGUGGCCGGAGAAGAGUUCUCGACGCUCUAUGUCGUCCUCGUGUUCCAUCAAUCGUUCGAGGGUUUAGGUAUUGGUGCCAGACUCUCCGACAUACCCUUCCCAGCACGCCUGCGCGGAUGGCUUCCUUGGCUCUUGUGCAUCGCAUACGGUCUUGCUACCCCCAUCUGUAUUGCCAUUGGUCUUGAUUUGCGCACAACUUACAACCCCAACUCGUUCACAGCCAACGUUGUCAGCGGUAUACUUGACUCGAUUAGUGCAGGCAUCCUGAUCUACACUGGUCUUGUUGAGCUGCUAGCCAGGGACUUCAUUUUCGACCCCAACAGAACCAAGGACAACAAGCGUCUCACCUUCAUGGUUGUUUCGUUCCUGCUCGGUGCUGGUAUCAUGGCUUUGCUUGGUAAGUGGGCGUAG